GUGACUGGUGAGCUCUGGGGGAGCUAGGGAACCGCGCCUGCUCGGCCUGAAGUGUCUGUUCCCGUGCUGGCUCAAGCUACCGCCCGUGAGCCACCAUGUCGGCGCCCUCGGAGGAGGAGGAGUACGCGCGGCUGGUGAUGGAGGCGCAGCCCGAGUGGCUGCGCGCCGAGGUGAAGCGGCUCUCCCACGAGCUGGCCGAGACCACGCGCGAGAAGAUCCAGGCGGCCGAGUACGGGCUGGCGGUGCUUGAGGAGAAGCACCAGCUCAAGGUGCAGUUCGAGGAGCUCGAGGUGGACUAUGAGGCCAUCCGCGGCGAGAUGGAGCAGCUCAAAGAGGCGUUUGGACAGGCACACACGAACCACAAGAAGGUGGCGGCAGAUGGUGAGAGCCGGGAGGAGAGUCUGAUCCAGGAGUCGGCCUCCAAGGAGCAGUACUACGUGAGGAAGGUGCUGGAGCUGCAGACGGAGCUGAAGCAGCUGCGCAACAUCCUCACCAACACCCAAUCGGAGAACGAGCGGCUCACCUCCGUGGCCCAGGAGCUGAAGGAGAUCAACCAGAAUGUGGAGAUCCAGCGAGGCCGCCUGCGGGAUGACAUCAAGGAAUACAAGUUCCGGGAGGCCCGCCUGCUGCAGGACUACUCGGAGCUGGAGGAGGAGAACAUCUGCCUACAGAAGCAGGUGUCUGUGCUCAGGCAAAACCAGGUGGAAUUCGAGGGCCUCAAGCAUGAGAUUAAGCGGCUGGAGGAAGAGACCGAGUAUCUAAACAGCCAACUAGAAGACGCCAUCCGGCUCAAGGAGAUCUCAGAGAGGCAGCUGGAAGAGGCACUGGAGACGCUGAAGACAGAGCGGGAGCAGAAGAACAGCCUGCGCAAAGAGCUGUCGCACUACAUGAGCAUCAAUGACUCCCUCUACACCAGCCACCUGCACGUCUCCCUGGACGGCCUCAAGUUCAGCGAUGAUGCUGCUGCUGCCACCACAGAGCCUAACAACGACGCCGAGGCCCUGGUCAAUGGCCUGGAACAUGGCCUGGCCAAGCUGCCGCUUGACAACAAGACCUCCACACCCAGGAAGGAUGGGCUCCCACCACCGUCGCCCAGCCUGGUCUCUGACCUCCUCAGUGAGCUGAACAUCUCUGAGAUCCAGAAACUGAAACAGCAGCUGAUGCAGAUGGAGCGGGAGAAGGUGAACCUGCUGGCAACACUGCAGGACACACAGAAGCAGCUGGAGCAGGCGCGUGGGGCCCUGUCGGAGCAGCACGAGAAGGUGAGCCGGCUCACAGAGAACCUGAGUGCCCUGCGGCGCCUGCAGGCUGGCAAGGAGCGGCAGACAGCCCUGGACAACGAGAAGGACCGGGACAGCCAUGAGGACGGCGACUACUAUGAGGUGGACAUCAACGGGCCCGAGAUUCUGGCCUGCAAGUACCACGUGGCCGUGGCUGAGGCGGGCGAGCUACGGGAAGAGCUGAAGGCACUGCGUAGCCUGCACGAAGCCAGCGAGGCCCAGCACGCCGAGGAGAAGAGCCGCCAUGAAGCUGAGGGCCAGGUGCUCAUGGAGAAGCUCGCCUUGCUAGAAAAGGCCAGCCGCCAGGACCGCGACCUGCUGGCUCGGCUAGAGAAGGAACUCAAGAAAGUGAGUGACGUGGCCGGCGAGACGCAGGGCAGCCUGAGCGUGGCCCAGGAUGAGCUGGUGACUUUCAGCGAGGAGCUGGCCAAUCUCUACCAUCACGUGUGCAUGUGCAACAACGAGACACCCAACCGUGUUAUGCUGGACUACUACCGCGAGGGCCAGGGCGGGGCUGGCCGUGCCAGCCCUGAAGGCCGAGGCCACCGCUCUCCCGUCCUCCUGCCCAAGGGGCUGCUGGCUGCGGAGCUGGGCAGAGCAGAGGGUGGGAGCGGGGAGAACAGCCCCUCACCCAGCUCCUCGCUUCCAUCACCCCUGAGCGACCCACGCCGCGAGCCCAUGAACAUCUACAACCUGAUCGCCAUUAUCCGUGACCAGAUCAAGCACCUGCAGGCCGCCGUGGACCGCACUACUGAGCUGUCGCGGCAGCGCAUCGCCUCGCAAGAGCUGGGCCCUGCUGUGGAUAAGGACAAGGAGGCGCUGAUGGAGGAGAUCCUAAAGCUCAAGUCGCUGCUUAGCACCAAGCGCGAGCAGAUCACCACGCUACGGACCGUGCUCAAGGCCAACAAGCAGACAGCCGAGGUGGCCCUGGCCAACCUGAAGAGCAAGUACGAGAAUGAGAAGGCGAUGGUGACUGAGACCAUGAUGAAGCUACGGAAUGAGCUCAAGGCGCUCAAGGAGGACGCCGCCACCUUCUCCUCACUGCGUGCCAUGUUCGCCACCAGGUGUGACGAGUACAUCACGCAGCUAGAUGAGAUGCAGCGGCAGCUGGCGGCCGCUGAGGAUGAGAAGAAGACGCUGAACUCGCUGCUGCGCAUGGCCAUCCAGCAGAAGCUGGCCCUGACCCAGCGGCUGGAGCUGCUCGAGCUGGACCAUGAGCAGGCCCGGCGUGGCCGCACCAAGGCCACCCCCAAGGCCAAGCCCAGCACCCCGAGCCUGUAGAGUAGUUGCUGAGAGGACUCGGCCGCCUGGCCCUGUCGCCUUGCAGCUCCUUUCCUCCCCUUGUGGUUGCAGUUGGAGGAGUGUGGGCCACCCACACGGAGGAAGGAAAGGCAACCUAAAUCCCACUUAGAAAUGUCUUUGGAUAUGUCACUGCAAUUUUUUUUCAAAACAGCGUUCCCCAAGUUUGUAAUGGGAAGAAUGAGAGCUUUAAUGUUGAAAAUGCUGCGAGCUGCUGCUUGAAAGACCUUUUUACAAGUGCUGAGGAAUCUGCUCCAAACCGUGACCACCAUGGUCGUUGUGAACAUGCUAGAGACACCACGGGGACCCCUCUUGUUACCCACAUCCCUUUUUUAUCCGAUAAACCUGUGCACUUUUGAUACUUUGAUAUUAUACUUGCUUCCUCACUCCUCAUGUAGAGAUGGUUCUCAGAUGCUGUGGUGUGUGCUCAUGGUUGCAUAGCUCACUGUCUUAGCUCUCAACCUGUUGAUUGGAUGUCAGCACGUUGCAAACGUGUGUGCUGUCUUUAGUGUGUAGCUCUAGGCUGUUUAGGCGAGGGCUGGGACCCAGCAAGGAGCUCAGCUAAUGGAUCCACCCUGUGGGUCAGCAGCCUUUUAGAUUAUACAGCGUUACAAUUCAUGUUUGAAAUUAUGGAUUUUAAAUGCCAUGUUCAUUAAGAAAUCCAGGGUAUUCAGAUUCUGGGGUUUUUCAUAUUGUAUUAUUAUUAUUCUUAGGAAUAGUUCAAUGUAACAAGAAGAAAACUUGACCUUUGCUCUGGUUAAAACAGUAAUAGGCACUUGAAAAAAAACAUAAUAAAUUAUUGAAUGAGAGUAUUACCUGCAAAUUCCAGAAUUUUCUGGGUUUUAGGACAUUGUGAAGCAUGACUGAUUAACAGGAUUUUAUACAACUGUACCAGUGAAAUUCCAAAUUGGAAUUGUUUUGUUAAUCUGGUUGUUGUGCCAAAUUGUGGUACACUUAGAAAAUUCUACAGUCGUCGAUUUUUAGGGUGUUCUAUUUCAACGCCUUUUUGUUAGUAAUCACUGCCAGUAGUGCCUUCGUCAUUUAAGGGAGGUGUCCCAGAGUGCUUUAUUCCCUAAAACGGACAGUGAGGAGCUAGUUGGGAAUUUUCACGGCCAGUGUGAAGCAAUAAGUGUGAGGUGAGCGUGCACCUUUAUACCUUUACCUGGGCAUCUCCGUUGAGAGAAAGAGAACAGUGAUUGUACAAAAUUCUGUUAGUCGGUGAUUCUUUACUCUGCAGAUCCUUGCAAAUUCAGGGGCAUAGAAAAUGAAAGCAGAUACAAAACACUGAGUGUGCUUUGGGAACCAAAUGGAGUUUUCUGGAACAAACUAAGCAAGCUGUAUUAAUAACACGUUUGUGAAGAACCAAGAAUGUGUUAGGAGUAUCAGUGCUCUCUCUUUGCUUCGCACAGCGGUGGACAAGGGUUAACCUUAGUAUUCUUUGCAAAUGUGAAAAUGAGACAUUAAUAUCUUCUCUUGCUUGGUGUGACUAAUCACUGUUAAUUUCAGGAAACAGAAAUCACCAGCACUCCUUAGCAAGCCGGGUCAGCAGGUCUGCAUCCCCGCCCUGUUUGCUGAGGUUCAUGUGAAUGAUUAAAUUGGUACUUGUGGAGGAAGGAGAAAAAAACCUGUCCUCCCUCCUCCAAAAAGGAAAAAAAAAAAAAGUACAAAUUAUAACAAUAGAAAUGACAAGAAUAAAAGAAUUCUGUUUCCUGGAAUAAGCAUUUUUUAUUCCUAGUUGUAGGGACUCCUGUUUUUACCUUCUGUUACAGUAUUGAUUUAUAAGAAGUAUUGUUACAUUUGCGUUAACUUCACCUAUAUGGGGUAUUUAUUUGCAGUGCUGUCUGAGUACUGUAUUUCUCUGUGCAUUACCCUAGUGUCAGAAUGUUGGUCUUUAUUUUAAGGUCAUGUGCAUGUUCUCCUGCCAAGGGACCUUUACACGGACCUAGACAAAAAAGCAAACAAACAAAAAAUAAUAAGCAAAUGCCUUUAAUUGCAGAGAAAAAUGAGGCAGAACAUGGAAAAGGAAUAGGAAAGAGAAAUUGAGAUUCUUGGGACACAAGCAUAUGACUUGAAUGUUUCCAAAGCCAGUGUGCAUAGGAACAAGGGGCCUGUGUAAAGAGUCACGUUGGUAGGACCAGUAAAUAAAAAAGAAUAAUAAAAA